AUGCUCGAAUCUUCUGAUAUGGUCAUGCCUUCAAGUCUAAGUGAAUUAGGUGAAAGUUCAUUAUUAGACCAACUUCAUGAUUUACAUCGACGUUUGGCACUUGUGCGUCAAAAUUCACAACGUUAUAAUUCCUUAGCACGUAAUUUCGGACCGAUUCCCAUGGCUCAUGAUACGAAUAAGAUUAUUGUCUGUUCUUUACAUCAUUGUAUACGUAUGUUUAAGACUGAUCAAGGUGAUGGAUGGCAAUAUGAAACAUCAUCAAGUGGACUGAAAAGUGCAAUUGAUUAUUUAAGUACUGGUAAUACAGUACGAUGGGUUUCAUGGCCAGGAGCGACAGUAGAUGAAUCAAGUCAAGAUGGUGUACGUCGACGUUUGGUGGAAUAUCAAUGUCAUCCAGUUUUUCUUCCUCAUGAAACAUUGGAUUUAUAUCAUAAUCAAUUUUGUAAUGUCGUGCUAUGGCCAUUAUUUCAUUCCUUACCACAACAAUCCGAUAGUCGAUUGCUUGAGAAUUUUGGAGAUAAGUAUGAUGCGUAUUGCUCAGCUAACCAAAAAUUCCUAGAGGUUGUGUCUGAAAUUUAUAAGGAUGGAGACCUCGUACUUGUAUGUGAUUAUCAACUCAUGACACUUCCGGGAUUACUCCGUCGUCGCUUUUCUGACGUAACGUGUGGUUUUUAUUUUCAUUGUCCCUUUCCGUCGUCGGAGUUCUUUCAAAUGCUGCCAGUACGUGAGGCGUUGCUCCAUGGUGUAUUAGGUGCUGAUUUGGUUGUUUUUAAUCACUUUGACUACGUGCGCCACUUUCUUAACGUGUGCACGCGAAUGCUCGGACUUGAGUCGUCGCCCAGUCGCGUUGAGUACAAUGGACGCCUCGUCUCGCUCGGUAUUUGCCCCAUGGGUAUCGAUCCUGUCAAGUAUGCACUGACACCAAAGGUGGAGGCGCAGGUUGAGAUACUUAAGCGCCAGCAAGACGGCCUCAAGAUCAUUGUGGGUGUGCACAAACUCGACUUCUGCAAAGGCAUCCCCGAGAUGCUCGAGGCGAUGGAAUACCUGCUACAGUACUACCCAGAGUACCGUGGAAAAGUCGUGCUGUAUGCUAUUGUUCGUGACGCCGGACGCACAGCAUCAUUACAGUACCGAAUGCUUAGUCGUCAGAUUAAUGAACUUGUUGGGCGUGUGAACGGCCAGUUUGGAACAGCUGAGUACUGCCCUGUGCGAUUUUUAAAGCAAUCGAUCGAUCACGACCAGCUCGUGGCGCUGUAUAACUGCGCUGACGUAGCUAUUGUGAGCAGCAUUAAGGAAGGAAUCAAUUUGCAGGCGAUGGAAUUCAUCGCUGCCCAGAAGAAAAAUUGCCAUGGAGUGCUUGUCUACAGUGAAUUUGCAGGGUGUGCGUCGUCUUUCCAAGGUGCGCUGUUGGUGAACCCGAUGCACAUCGAACAAGUCGCGGCAAGCGUGGAUACAGCGCUUCGAAUGAGCACGACAACAAAACGUAUUCGGCAUCACCAAUUAUCGCGCUAUGUAAACACGUAUACGUCGACUUUAUGGGCUCAACGAAUUAUGUCGGCUUUGAACGAGGCAGCUGCAACCGCACAAGAAUAUAACCGUCUUGACAAGCUAGACACCGCACAAUUGCUUGGCUAUUACGAACGAAGUCAACGACGCCUGUUUUUGCUGGAUUAUGAUGGUACGCUUGUAAAUUACCAGAGUAUGGAGGAACUGGCGGAGCCUUCUUCGGCUCUGCUCUCUUGUCUCGAAGACCUUACAUCCGAUCCAAGCAACACGGUCUACAUCAUUAGCGGAAGGAACAAAAAUCGUUUGCAGGAAUGGUUUGGUCAUUUGCCGCGUGUUGGACUGGCUGCUGAGCAUGGCUAUUGGUUUCGUCCGGCUUCCAAGCAUUCAUCUACGCUCGAUGUGGACGGAAAUGGUAGUAUUACGGUGAAGAAGAGCGAUCUUGCAGAUAUGAGUAGCGAAGAAUCACCACGUGCGGCAGAAUCACUUUCUAUUGUGCUUACCUCAGAAAAUGAUCCGCUGGCCAGUUCGUCUUCAUCGGUCAUGGGUGCAAACGAAAUUGCAGUCUUUGAAAGAGCUCCCUGGCAGUGUAUGUUCAGUGACGUUGAGUUGGAGUGGCGCGAUGAAGUGGAAAGUAUCUUGGAACACUUUACAGAGCGGACCCCCGGCUCAUUGCUAGAUGUAAAGGAUUGCUGCUACACAUGGCACUUUCGGGACGCCGACCCCACGUUCGGUCUGAAGCAGGCAAAUGACAUGCAGCUUCAUUUCGAUCAAAUGCUGCGUGAUAUGCCAGUUGGCGUGGUGAUGUGUCGAAUCAAGAAGUAUGUGACGAUUCGGCCGUGGCGCGUAAACAAAGGCCGAGCUGUAAGCCGUAUCCUGGAGUACGAAAGUGAGACACCGUACUUCACAGCACUUGACUUUGAUUUCAUUCUUGCGCUUGGCGACGAGCGCACGGACGAGAAUAUGUUUGAUGUCGUUCAGGGCAGCAACUGUUACACGUGCACGGUAGGCAUGAAAGUUAGUCGCGCACAGUAUUACCUGGAUGAUCCUGAUGAAGUUUUGCGCGUGCUGACUGCCUGUACAAGCUUGAUGACGGUUGACCGGCACCCACUUUCAGGCUAA